CAGUGGAUAGGACCCUGAGGUUUGCACCACUGGGUCUCUCUCCUGUUUGCUAUGCUAAGACAGAUGACAGUUGCACUUUUGGACACAAGGUUCACAUCCUUAUCUUUUCAUGUUACUCUUUAAUAAACAGUACAGCUAGAGGCAGAAUGGUGCUAUAUUUUGGCUGCGGUGUGGUUCUGCUUACGUUACUUGUUCUGCCGGGUCUAUUUCUCGGGGACUUGGUAUUCCAUUGUCCGAAAUGCACUGCGGAGCGCCAAACUGCAUGUCCUUAUCUCGCCACCAACUGUACUGAGAUAGUCAGGGAGCCUGCCUGUGGCUGCUGUCCGGUGUGCGCCCGGUUAGAAGGCGAAUUCUGUGGCGUCUACACACCGAGGUGUUCCACAGGGCUGCGUUGUUAUCCCACUGCAGAUUCAAAAUUGCCCUUGGAGCAGCUGGUUCAGGGGUUAGGGCGAUGCUCACAAAAAGUGGACCCAGUACCCAACAGCACUCAAGAGCCAGAUGACAGGAGUGGACCUAUAGUGGAGCAGCAUGGCACUGAGGCCCCCACUCAGAAGAAGCCGAUCACAGAUGUCAGGAUCUGGAUAUUGUCCAAAGAUCAGGCCACAAGGCAGUUCCAGAUCGAGCUCAAAUCCAAGAUGAAGACCAACAACUGUCCCGAGGAACCUAAGACCCAGCUGCCCAUGAAGGGUCCUUGUGAACAGGAAAUGGACAAGGUGCUGGAGGAGAUCUCCAAGAUGAGCUUCCAUGAUAACAGGGGACCAGUUGAGAAUCUGUACCAACUCCAAUUCCCCAACUGUGAAAAGAUAGGCCAGUACAAUCUCAAACAGUGCCACAUGUCCACCCACGGUCAGCGGGGCGAGUGCUGGUGCGUUAACCCCUUCACGGGUGUCCAGAUCGCCCAGUCCACCAAGGUGCGGGGGGACCCGAACUGCAGCCAGUAUGUGGAGGAGCAGGAGAUGGAGACUGGAACACAGUCCACUGCUGUCCUGCAGGUGGCAGAGAUAUAACAGCACUUCACUCACACCCAGAUACCCCCCCCGCAGUGGAUUGGUCCAAAUUGACUGACCCAUGUGCAUGGGGUUCUUUCAAUGUAGCUGUUAUGUUCCCUGUCAAGAAAACCAAAAAUGUCACUCAAACAGAAGGCGGAGCUAACAAAGAGUCACUAACAACCAAAACAAAACAGGUGUGGUUCUAGGAGGGGUUCUGGAAGACACUCAUGGGAGUGUCCACUGAAAUUUGCCCACUAAGAUGCAAAAAAACAAGAUAAACUCGCCAAAGGUGCUUUAACAAAGUACUGAGUAAAGGGUCUGAAUGCUUAUGUAAAUGUGAUAUUUCAGUUUGUUAUUUUUGAUACAUUUCCUAAAAAUUCUAAAAAACUGUUUUUGCUUUGUCAUUAUGGUGUAUUGUGUGUAGAUUUAAUUUAAUCAAUUUUAGAAUAAGGCUGUAACGAAACAAAAUGUGGAAAAAGUCAAGAGGUCUGAAUCCUCUCCGAAUGCACUGUAAUUGCCUAAAUCUUAACAUUUUUGAGAAAUGGGUGUAAAGUACUAUACAUUUCUAAAACUCUCAUCCCUAUGGAACGAGUGCAACCAAAACAAUACUCAUCUACAACACAGCAAAACGUUUAGUCAAAACAAUAUGUGAGCCCGGGCUACACACCGACCAAACACAAAACACAACCUAUUGACUGCCCACCAUUGAAAGUCAAUCAGCAAUCAAGUUGUCCUUACCAUGGACAUGUCUGAUUUCAAGGGGAAACUCUUGCAAUAUUCGUAGUAACUUUCCUCUCGUGAUUUUCCUCAGUGGAAUGGCCUCAGGGAAACGAGUGGCAGCGCACAUGCUGGUCAAGAGAAACUGUUUACCCCUCUUUGCUUUGGGCAAAGGACCAACAUAAUCCACCAGAACCCUGCUGAAAGGUUUGUGAAAAGCAGGAACAGACUGCAAAUGUGCAACCGGUACAGCUUGGUUCGGUGUACCCAUAAUCUGGCAAACGCCACAUGAUUUACAGAUUGACUUAAGAGGCAUUAUUACAUUAGCUAGCUAGCUAAGAUUGACGGGAGAACACUGGAUUUUAGUUAGCUAACGUUAGCAAUGAUAGCUAUUUUUGACAAAGCUUGCUAGCUAAUGACAACAUUGCCAACUGUCUAAAGUAAAUUUGACGACAAGCUAAUGAUGGCAAAGUUGUUUCCUACUAAAUAUUUGUCUACUUUAGCAAUGUCAUCGUAUUUCCAGGCACUCUAGUGGAAUUUAGACUAAACGGUAGUUAGCCUCCGUUCCAGAAUGACUGGGCUCAUCAGUCACAAUGUCGCUCAUCAGACAUUAUCUAUACUACAAUUCAAAGCAGGUUUCAUAAAGCUGUAUUUACCGUGUGUGUGCAUAUCUAUGUGAGCUGUGUCCCCAGCUAUUCACAGGAUAGGUGCUGUGAGAUAACGCUAUGCUAAACACUGGGCUGUCACUGCAUCUGCUUCAAUUGGUUCUAACUUCCCGUUUAUGCAGUUGCUUGCCUUCCAUACCGCGUUCCAUAUCUAUUUAUUCAAACCUUUUCUCUCAUCGCAUCCAGUCAAUAUGUGUGGGAAAAAAAGCCUCACAUGAAGCCCCUGGCAUAUAGAGAACCCAAACUAAUGGACCCUGGGUGACACUUUAUGUUCAUGUCCAUAUAUCAUAAACACACUAAUCUGUUUUAAGUGCAUCAUUCCAUUGAUGACGAUGUAGUUACAUGCUAAUGCUAAUUUGAAUUGUUGGCAACGCUUUACCAUAGUAACCUACACCGCUGCAUUCUGUUACCCAUGUAAUUACAAAGCAGUUCCAUACAGGUAUUACUGUGUAGUUACAUAGGUAGGUUGUGGGGCAACUUAAGGUACAGUGUUACCGAAUUGUUUCAUGUUCAUUUGACAUGUUUAGAGAUUUCUUUAGGGGAAAUACCAUGUUCCUAAUUUGCCUUUCUUUAAUACAUAUUGUCUUCUGAUCUUUUCUCUUUCUGGUGUACAGUACCACAUUUGUGUUGUUGAUAUAGCUCUGCCCUAAAAACAUAUUAGGUCACGUCGCCUUUGCAUGAAUGUAUCAUGUAGGCCACUCCCUUCAACAAGGUUAGGUAAUUGUACAUUUUGUUCAGAUAACUUUCAUCUUUUGAGGAUGCCUCAAUUAAUUAAUGGAAUUUAAAUUAAUCUCUUGUUGAAUAAAAUGUCAAUAAAAUUGACCCAACCAAGCUC